GUGGCGGUGACCAGUGCUGGAGUACAGUUCCAUGGGCACUGGAAACCCUCUCGUACCUCGCCCAAGUGGACAAUGUUCUCGAACAAUGACGAAGCUGUGAUAAACAAGAAACUCCCAAAGGAAUUGCUGCUUCGAAUAUUCUCAUUUCUGGAUGUGAUCACCUUGUGUCGCUGUGCCCAGGUGUCCAGGUAUUGGAAUGUCCUGGCAUUGGAUGGCAGUAACUGGCAGAGAAUCGACCUGUUCGACUUUCAAAGAGACAUAGAGGGCAGAGUGGUGGAGAAUAUUUCCAAACGCUGCGGUGGGUUUUUACGGAAGCUAAGCCUGCGAGGCUGCCUGGGUGUAGGAGACAACUCAUUAAGGACCUUUGCUCAGAACUGCAGGAAUAUUGAACAGUUAAACCUGAACGGGUGCACGAAAAUCACAGACGCAACCUGUACUAGUCUAAGUAAAUUCUGCUCCAAGCUAAGAAGUCUAGAUUUGGCAUCGUGUACGUCAAUCACAAACCUUUCUUUGAAAGCUCUCAGCGAGGGGUGUCCACUGCUAGAACAGCUGAACAUAUCCUGGUGCGAUCAGGUGACAAAGGAUGGGAUUCAGGCGCUGGUGAAAGGCUGUGGUGGAUUAAAAACUCUGUUUCUUAAAGGAUGCACACAGCUGGAGGAUGAAGCUCUGAAAUACAUUGGUGCUCAUUGUCCUGAACUGGUUACCUUGAAUCUACAGACCUGCUCUCAAAUCACAGACGAGGGGCUGAUUACCAUUUGUAGGGGAUGUCACAAAUUCCAGUCUCUCUGCGUGUCUGGCUGCAGUAACAUCACCGAUGCUAUUCUGAAUGCGUUAGGACAGAACUGCGUGCGACUUAGAAUAUUAGAGAUUGCAAGAUGUUCACAGUUAACAGAUGUGGGGUUUACCACGUUAGCUCGGAAUUGUCAUGAGCUUGAGAAGAUGGACCUGGAAGAGUGUGUUCAGAUCACGGACAAUACGCUGAUCCAGCUCUCCAUCUAUUGCCCUCGGCUUCAAGUGCUGAGUUUGUCGCACUGUGAGUUAAUCACAGACGAUGGGAUCCGUCAUCUCGGAAAUGGGGCCUGUGCCCACGACAGGUUAGAGGUAAUUGAGUUGGAUAACUGCCCGCUGAUCACAGACGCUUCCCUCGAACAUCUAAAGAGCUGUCACAGCCUGGAGAGGAUCGAACUGUACGACUGUCAGCAGAUCACGCGGGCUGGGAUCAAGAGACUCCGGACUCAUUUACCCAACAUUAAGGUUCACGCUUACUUUGCUCCUGUGACCCCUCCACCAUCAGUGGGCGGAAGCCGCCAGAGAUUCUGCAAGUGUUGCAUUGUCCUAUGACACCAGCUCUUCCCUUUUGGAAAUAUUUAAAUAGCAUUAGGACAGCGAGAGGCCAGCGUUCACUGCCAGCGGUGACCUGGUGCAGAGAGAGAGAGAGCAACUCCAGCGGGGCUUCACUGUACAGUGAGGGAAGGGCUCCCUGCCCUAACCCUUUGUGACUGUGACUGACUGAUCACCAGGCUGAUGGGCAGACGUGGCUUGUCACUGUGGAUUUAGCCUUCGUUCAUUUCUGUUACCGUUUGAUCCAAUCGGGAGAUUUCCCACCAAUGUUGAUAAUUUAUUUUUCUCCUCGAGGUCAGGUAAACAGUUCUGAUUUGCGCAGGUUCUCGCUGGAAGAAUCUUAGCUUCACACACGCCCACGUCUGUUGAUGGUCACCCAGGAUCCAGCAGUACAUAAUCUGACCACUUGUCAGUGUGCGCUUAACCCUUUUAUUGGUCUCUUUAUAUAGGGCAAAGAUGAGGGGGGGGGGGGGAAAGAAAGGGCAAUUGUGCAAUACAAUUUUUAACUUCUCUAGUCUGUGGAGGUUUCCUACUGAACCAAUGUAUUGUUGGUGUAAAGGGUCUGCAGCAUGUUCGGCCAUCCGUUCUUUAAAAGGGUGGGUGGGGAGACUGAUGGCGAGAAGGAAUCUUUAACUCAGCAGCUCACGGUGAUACCUUGUCUGUGCCAGCCUGCAGGGAGGCUACACACAGCUUUUUCCAAAUGAGAGAUUCCAGCUUUGUUGUUGUGUUUUUGUGUUUUUGUUUAGUGCUCGUCACAUCGAUUUGUUUUCUUCUCUCCGCGAACUGCUGUUUAUGACCUGGUGUGUUUAUCUCGUGCAAUACCCUAACUGGUUUCCCAGGGUGAUGUUUAACCCCUCACAGUGAUCAGGGCUUUCGUCCUUUGACUAAGUACCAAAGGAGGCUGAUGACUUCAGCAGCUCAAAGAGUAGAGAGGUAAAGCCCCGUUGUCUCAAUCAUUCCGCUCACCCAGUGCCAGACGAGAGGACAUCACUCUGCUUCGUACUUUGCUAUUUUAGUUCAAAGCCCCAGAAAGCUUCGCGAGCGGGUAAGUCUCUCCUUUGCCCAGUCGAUCCCGCAGCGUGAAGGCACAGCUCCCUACACUGGACGUCGUGACCUGCGUACUCUCCUCACAGCUUCCCACUCUUUGCACCCAACUGCUGGAUUGAGAGGAACGCAGAGGGGCGAAGGGAGGUGGGGCGGGGGGGGUUGAGGCCAGUAGUUUUUGAAACUAGGGUCAUUCCUGAAAUUGGUCUUUGUUAUUUCAUCUGAUUGUCCAGCAGCAGCAACGUUGGGUGGACACACUGCUGUUCUGAGUUUCACUGUGAGCUCGGGAGUUCCUUUAACUGUCACUGGAGACGAUGAGUUGAUUGUUCGUGGUUGCCUGACCUGAUCUGCCAACGCUAGAUUGGCAAAUUCCUUCCCUUCGUUGCUGGAGGGAACUUCAUGUGGAAGUGAGGCAUUACAGAGCUGCGGAGGGUGGGGGGGGGAGAGGUUCAGUUACUGUGAGCAGCGUUUGCAUUUCUAACUCCAAACAAGACUAUAGUUGAGAAAUGUAACCUUACAUUCUGUGCGUUAUUAUUGAUUCAAUACUGAUCUCCAACGACCCGCCAAGGUUAAUUGGUCAUUCACUUCCUGGCUGUUUGGUAGAAUCUUUACUGACCCAA